CACUUGUCUGUCAUCUAUCUUACUUCGUAAAACACAUUUCUUCAAAAAGAAAAAAAGGAACACUCUCAGAACCUCUUUAAAGAACUUUUCAGUAAGUGAGUAUGCUUGCCUUGCCUGAAAGUGUUAGUGUAUACUAUGCCUAAAAAUAAGGCUACCAAUCUUCACAGACAGAUUUACAAAAACAGCGAAAUGUUACAGUAUUUGUCAAGGAAUUUCUUCUGCAAACUGUAGCAUUUUGGAGCGAAUGCCUUUUCUUGAUUUCACCCUUUUCUUGAUUUCUGCUGGAAGGAAUUUUCAGCCAGCCAGGUGGUGGCUGAUGCAAAAGUGUGUUUGAGUGGAGGAUGUAUGAGGUAAGUUGGAGUUUUUUCAGGGUGGAGAUUUGCGGUUGUAAAAUGAUAUGUCGGAUACAGGAUCUUAUAUUUCUUCUUAAAACAUGUUUCAAAAUGUUUUAUUAUUUUGAAACUAUAUGCAAAAGUUUGAAAGUCAGAAGUAAAUUGAUUUUUUUGUUUUGGUCUUUUUAGCUUUUCUGUUUCGAUGCACUCGUUUAACAAUGAAUGUUUGAUUGUACAUCACAGGAAGUCUAGGAUUAUGUGUAAAUCAAAUUAAGCUAAAAAGAUGUAUGCAAAGCCCUUGAUCUCCCAAAUUCAAACUGAAUGUAUGUGAACUCUUGGCCUUAAACUUGUUGACUUGGAGCAAAAUUCAGUAGUUUGUAUUUUAGAUUAUUUGGUAAAACUUGUAACAGCAGGAAGUGUGAUUACUGAUAGGUUUUGCUUGCAUUUUCCUGUUUUCUAAUCUCACCAUUCUUGUAUUUGCAUGCUAGGCUCUGCUUUAAAAUCAGUGACAGGGCAUUUGACCUCUUGAUAAAUAAGAUACAUUUUUACUACCUAUCAUCUAUCAUCUAAAAAAAGUUUAUUGUGAGACAACUGAAAAAAAAUUAAGUUUAAAGAGUUUGUGUAAUCAUGCAAAAGCUAUGAAAGUUUAGCUGUUUGUGUUUGCUAAUGUUGCGGGCCUGCUCACACUUAGCAUUAAAAUAAACACAAUAAGACAAGUGUGAAGACAUCCCAAGACACCGUGAGGACACACUGUGAUCCGAAUGCUCAGGUAUGCAUCCCUGAGAACUUCUGACAGUGGUCUGCAUAUGGUACAAGCAUCCUCUCUCUCGUCUCUGCAGUGUCAUUUGUCACUUUUGUUUCUAGUUUCAUUAGCAUUUAAUGUUUUUGUAUGAAGGUUUUAUCCAGUAUACAAAUUGACUAAGCAGUAUUCUAGUUCCAGAAACAAGUGGUUACUCAAGAUGUAUUUUUACAUACAUUAUGUUAAUUAUAGGUUUAAACUGCAGUCUGUCCAGCUAUGCAAGUGUGAAACAUCAGAUUUGGCCCCUGUGUGCUGCAUGGCACAAUGCUGAGCGAGUGCUUCUGUAAUGUUAUGGUUGUAACAACAGUGGCAUUAAAUUCUGCAAUAUAAAGUUAACCCAGUUAGACAGGUUAAUCCACUUGGCAAUGAGAAGUGAAAAAAAGUUUUCCUUUUCUCUCUCGCCACACAGCAGAGAGCGACACUGAGAGACUAGAUGUACUGGUGUGUGUGAUGUGGUUGUUAACGGUAAUGUAGCCGCUUAAUCUCUGUUGGCUCCAAGAUAUCGUGUUUUAAAGUGGCCUACUUCCAAAGAGCAAGAUCAGAGAGUGAAAAGCAGCCUAUCAAUGACAAUAAUAUGAUUUAAAAGAAAGUUUAUUCUUGUGGGUCAAACUAUAUCAGCCGAGUGGGGUCAUGGUGGAGAGUUUUAACACCUCUGACAUUAUUUGCAGCAGAUGUCUUUUAUGCAAAAUGGAAAGCUUUCUGUGGAUGUGUAAUAGCCUGUAGACUGUAAACACACUUCAUACAUUGUGAUGCAAAGAUCCUGCUGCCCAACAACUUCCCUCAUUAGAGGCUGUUGCUUAACAGUGGUCCAAAGGUAUUUUGUACCAGCUGAUUUUUAAAAUAAUCUCAACUGAUCUCAAGUACGUUUACCCAAAUACAGUACUCAUAGGUUAUUAUACUUUAUUUAUCUCCACUCUAGGCUACCUUUUAUUUUUACUUCUCAACAUUUCUAAAGGAAAUGUUCUUUUUACUCAGCCUCACUAUUUGACAGCUAUACCAAGUACUUACUAUGCAGAACAAGAUUUUACAUAUGGAAGCAAUGAUCAGUUUACAAAAUGAUGCAUUGUUAAAGAUUAAACUAUCCAGCUAGAUAUAAAUUAGUUACACUUUUACCAGCUGCAACAUUGGCAUGCUACUUAAAUUUUUUUUUUCAAUGGACGUAGGUGAGAGUUAGAGAACUGGCUCAUACACGAAGAAGCGGGCUUGUUGAUGGUGGCUUUCAAGUGGCCUCAUGAACCCAUUGCAUCUUUGACCAGGUUUCAAGGUUUGUUGACUUAACUCCAGCUGGCAAACUCUAUUUACGUCAACAUUGGCUUGUAAUAUCCUCCUAAAUAUAGAAGACCCAAGUGAGAUAUAAUUUUGCAUUUUGUAUACAUACAUAUAUAGGUAUAUAGUUAAUACCACAAAUUAAGCUGGUGUAAAAUGGAAAUAGCAAUAAAGCUAACAAGACUUUAGCCCUCCAAGUGUUGGUGAAGAUGUAUGUGGUGCCGAGUUCCAGGAAAUGAGAUGGACUAGUUUGCAGGGUAGAGGGGCCCAUCUCACUCCAAAAUGUUCUUCAUCAUCAAGGCUUAAAGGCUUAGUUGAGGACAGUAAGGCCAGACAAUACAUGCGUUGGCAGGCCUGUAAUCAGUUGCAAACUUGCAUCCCUGUGGCAAACUUGAGUGUUACUGAAUUUUUACGGCCGCCAAGGAGGUUAUAUAAUUACCCGUGUCUGUUGGUUUCUUUGUUCAUUUGUUUGUUAAUUUGUCAGAAGGAUUACGCAGAAAGUACUCAACUGCACUGAACUUUGCAGAGGGAUGGGGCAUGUCCAAGGGAAGAACUCAUUAAAUUUUGUGGAAAAUCCAGAUCAUUUACUAUGAAUUUGAGUUUUUUCCUUUGAAGUCUGGUGUAUGUUGUUUGACAGUGGCCUUUGCAGAGGUCUACGCUCUACAAAGGACAUUUUCUAGUUAAGACCUGGGCCAGAAGCCACUGUUAGUGAUAAUCUGAAAUCUGAAUUUUCAAACCGUUUUAGUCACUGACACUUUCCUCUGUUUGUUUUUUUCUUUUUUUUCUUAUAGGUAACAAGGUUGAGCAGAGGUUGAGGAAGAAAUAUAUCACCGCCUUGUGAACUUCUAACCCUGAAAUCUUGAAAAUUUCUCUGCCUCUCAUCUUGCUGAGCACCACUAUGCCAGGAGUCGUGGAUCGUAUGGAGCUAAGGAAAGUCUCCACAGAGGCUGAUGACGACAGCACUGACAGCCUGGACGACCGCUACAUAGACCCCAUUGAUUCUGAGAAGGCCACCAUCAGCAGUCAAUUUAUGGAUGAUAAUGAUGACGGAGAAAGCCAGAAAUUCCUGUCAAAUGGGAUGAUGAAGAAGAAGAAAUAUGAGGAAUACCAUGAAGAAUAUCAUCCCGGCCACACCUCCUUCGGGAUGUCUGUCUUCAACUUGAGCAACGCCAUUAUGGGCAGCGGCAUUCUAGGCCUAUCCUUCGCCAUGGCAAACACUGGCAUCGUUCUCUUUACAGUCCUCCUCAUCGCCGUGGCCAUCCUCUCCUUGUAUUCUGUACAUCUUCUCCUUGUGACGGCAAAAGAAGGAGGAUCCCUCAUUUAUGAAAAGCUGGGGGAAAGAGCAUUUGGUUGGCCUGGGAAAAUGGCAGCAUUUGGAUCGAUAAUCAUGCAAAACAUUGGAGCCAUGUCCAGCUACCUCUUUAUUGUGAAGUAUGAGCUGCCGGAAGUAAUCCGAACCUUCUUGGGUUUAGAAGAAAACUCUGGUGAAUGGUACCUAAACGGAAACUACCUGGUGGUGUUUGUGUCGAUCGGAAUCAUUCUGCCUUUGUCUCUCCUUAAAAAUCUAGGCUACCUGGGCUACACAAGUGGAUUUUCCCUUUCCUGCAUGGUCUUCUUCCUGGGUGUGGUGAUCUACAAAAAGACCCAGCUGCCCUGCCCUCUUCCUUUCUUUUACCAGCACUUGUCUAACCUCAGCAUGAACGCCUCAGAUAUGCCAGGGUUGUACAUGUUACAAAACCGCUCAGCACAAAUGGAUUUCUCCCGAGCCGACGUUGCCCCAAUGGUCCUGGGCAGCCACAACAGUCACCACUCCACCGGCAUCCACUUUGAGCAUCAUCCUGACGAUGAGGAUAUGUGCACACCCAAAUACUUUGUCUUCAACUCACAGACGUCAUACACUGUGCCAAUCCUGGCCUUUGCCUUCGUCUGUCAUCCUGAAGUCCUGCCUAUCUACAGUGAACUGAAGGAUCGCAGCAGGAAAAAGAUGCAAAACGUUUCCAACCUGUCCAUUUUGGCUAUGCUCAUCAUGUACAUGCUAUCAGCUCUGUUUGGCUACCUCACCUUUUAUGAUAAUGUGGAAGCAGAGUUGCUCCACACCUUCACCAGGGUUUAUAAGUUUGACACCAUGCUGCUGCUGGUGCGUUUGGCCGUUCUCACGGCCGUCACUCUGACUGUCCCUAUUGUGCUGUUCCCUGGAAUGUGAGAGAGGAUCCCUCUCUCUCUGCAGUGGAAGUUUACAAGCUCAGAGAGAACAGUGGAAAAACCCUCACCCUGACCACUACCUUCAGGGAGAUAGAUGGGCGGAGCCACUGACAGGGGGGUUAGCUGGCAGAGCAGGGACACAGAAACACAAACAUCUGCCAGGGGCACAGUCUUUAAAAUGUGUUGUGUUAGUGAUAGAUAAUGUUUAGAAAUCUGCAUCUGGAUCUGCAUCAAAGACGGUUAGAAAAAUAAUGUUUUUAAUGUUUGUCUGAUGGUAGCCGUGGAAGAAAACCUAAAUUCCAUCAGGGAAUAUCAGGAUUUUGUACAAGGAUGAAGUGUGCGACGCUGCUGAGUUAUGUCCCUUUGAUUUUAAUACCAAAAUUCAGUCAAAUCAGAGGCCCUGUUCAGACCUGGUAUUCACAAGCAGUACAGGUGUGAAUGCACCCAAGACACAUUGAGGAAAUGUGCCCUGGGCUAAAGUGAAGGACCACCUACUCAACUGAUGUCCUCUGCACAAGUGGAUGUAUGUACUUAUUCGAAAAACAAAUUCAAGUCGUACAAGCUGCAUAAACUAGCUUUGUCAGUGACAUCUGAGCUCAUAGAGAUAUAUUAUUAGUGUGUCAUCUUGGGCAAUUUGGUUUGCCUGGAACAUGCCAAGGAAUAGACACAGUGGUUGGAUUUCUUCUUCUUCUUUUAAUUUCUAGCAGACUAGGCAUGAGAAGUGCAUUGCUGCCUCUCGCAAAACAACAACACAUUUGGUCUUUGCAAGUGGAAUUGAUGUAUGUGUUUAUUUGCAUAUUGUGCAGGAAAGUGAGAUCCGAUCACAAGUGGUCUCUUGAGAUGCAUGUGGAGACGCAUUCUAAUCCCGGGGUGAAUUGAUAUGAUUAUAGCUGUCCAUUUGUGACCCAAGACAAGACAUCACCCAAGACAAAUGUUAAUGGCAGGUCUGAACAGGGCCAAAUUGACAAACUCUGAUAUCCUGUUCAUUUUGUCCUCAUGUAUAGACCGGUUAACUGCAAUUAUAUUCAUGUGUGUGCUUUCUCCUAGUUGUCUGUCACAAACCUAGAUUUCUUCUCCACCAGUGUAAUCAUUGUGCAAAACUUGGAAGGAUGAAAUGUAACAUUUCGUCUGACUCCAACUUAAGCCUUUGACUUUGAAUGGUACUCACAAUAAAUACAUUUUAAAUGUAAUUGAAACACAGAAGGAUAAGCCUGUAUAAUGAUAAUAAAGGAGAUAAAAAUGUGAUAAGGACAGAACACAAGCCUGUAAUGUGUAGUAGCAAACCAGCUGUGGUGAAGUGUGGCUUAGUGAAAGGAGCAAGGCAGUAACACAGCUAGGGUUAGGGGUUUAAAUCCUAUGGCAGCCAAAUGCAACAUAAACCUUUGUGCUCAUGGAUCCUUAAUCAGCUUUAAAUAUGUCAAGCAAAUUAAUUUUGUGAGGUUUCGUUAAAAACUAGUAUUGGCCUGUAUAUACCUGCAUGCAUACCUAUGAAAAGGUGCGAGUCAUAGCCUGCUUUACAUAGGUCAGUGGUGGUGAUUAGCAUUAGUUGCUGAGAGACAGUAAUGUGAAUGAAAUGGCUGACUUAGCUGAUGCUGUUUGUGAUUUAGAAAAAAGUUGAUCUGUGCAUGAUUUUCUAAUUAGAAAUGAGUGUUUGUGCAGAGCUGGGAAUGUUUAAUUAAUUGACCAUCACUAUUCUUGCAGUAAAAUAAACAGUGUUGCUGUAAUAUGGUCAAAAGAUUGAUGAACUUCGAUAUAUAUACGCAAAAGAACUACUUAGUAAUACCUCGCCUUGCCAAGUUUCCAUUUGACAUUGGAGAAUCGUGGCUUGAAUCCUCCUAACCUUUAUUUUGCAGGAAAAUGCUGCCGACCUUCAGCUAGACAUUAACGUUAGCUUUGUCUGUGACUGUCCUUGGCUCAAGUGGAGAAGUGCUAUAUAAAGGGAAGAGAUAAUAUGUAUGUGGGAGUGUGCAUUUGGAGACACGUGUUUAGGUGUGGGAGUGUAUACAGUAAGUGUGUGUGGGUGUGCAGUCACGAGAGGGAUAGAUGCUAACAGAGGUCAGAUCACACAGGGCUUUGGCAGAAUCCAGUACAUAAUGAAAGGGCUUUAUGUGGAGUCAAACAUGCCCCAGUUCUCAGGCUCCGGCUUGAGAUUGAAACCAUGGGAGAGGGCUGCAAAUGAGCUGAUUAACAGCACCAACGUCACCGUUACAUGUUACCAUCAUGUAAAGUAAAGUAAAAUGUAUAGUAAAUUUAAGUACUAAUACAGACCUUUGUUUGUGCAGUACUAGCUUUAGUACUUGUCUCUAAAGCCUCAUAUGUGACCAGUUGUUUUUUUUCUUUUACUUAAAAAGUAGUUUAUAUAUACUUUUUUGUCUUUUUAUCCAAUGUUACAGAGGCAAAAUCACCUGCUUUUGCUUUUCUAAUUAAUAUAUGACUGUUCAGGAAUGAGGAAUAUUUGCAGUUAACAAAUGCUGCUAAACAUUUUCUGUCUUGCCAGCGGCAGGACAUUUUAAUUUCUCUGCUAUGAUUUUGUUUAUUUUAAAUUAAAAAAACUGUGAGUAUCUAUGGUUUUCUUAUACAGAACAAAAACGUACUGUAACUACAAAGUAUAUUAAGUGUUUGUAAGCUAUAAUUAAUGGCCUAAUGGUUAAUAAAACAUUUUAAUGCAACACAAAAAUUGUUCUUAUGAAAGGCUUAUAACAGAUCUCUAAAGUGGUAUUACAGUUUCUGUUUUAUUAUAUAAAAAGUAAAACAUUUGGUUGUAGUAAAGCACAGUUUGAUAGACUUUUUUUUAGUCAAAAAGGCCCAGUUUGGCUGUGUGGUUUCAAGUAAUGGUUCAGUGCUUGAAAACUCUCUUAUAUGGCUUCCUGCUGAUAUUUUUACUUGAAAAGGGACUUUUACCCUACUGCAUGUAGUUUCAGUUCACACUCAGCACCUGUGUAAAUUCAGAUGUGUUCCUGUAAAAGAAAAAAGCAAAUGACUUUUAAGUAGAAAUGACAGGUUCAAGAGGGUACCACUGAGUUUUAACAGCUCUGACACAGUGUCUGCCACUUUGUCUCUAGUUUUGAAUAUACUCACACAUAUGAAAAUAUGUGCACCAAUUUUGACUUUAACAAGGAAAACACAACCCUUGUUUGCAGAAAAUGGGCUCAAAUGCACGAGGUUUGUUUUCAGCUGCCUCUUGCUUGCAGUACCAGCUCAUGUAGUUAAGAUCUUAGUCUCUGGUUUUAUGUUAACCCGCUAAUCCCAGAUUCAGCUGCCUACAACUGGUCCAUCCACAUAUUCUGUGUGUGUUUAUAUGUAAGAAAUGUGCAAAUAUCACACAGUGAACUCCAAAGGCUUUGCGCCAGGUAACACCCAGGUGCUGAAUAGUUUGGAGCCUUGGAGAGAAAUGCCACAUCCAGGCUCUAGUUUUCGGCCUAAUUAUGAAACAGCUGGUUGGGGGGAUACGCUUAAAUUAUUGUCAUUAUCUCCAACAUGAAAUGAGUGUUGGCCAAAAAGGUGACACUUUUUUGGCAGUGGACAUUAAAGUGCAGGCGUCAUCCUGGUGCCUCCUGACAGUCAAGAUGGAGGUCACUUGGUUCAAUUUGACAGCGCAGAAAAUCCAGUUAAUGUGAUUUUUUUUUAUCCACUGUGCCAUGCUAACUGGAUAUAAAUCUUGUACUUAAGUCAGACUUGAAAGGAUACAAAGAAGGCAUGUGUUGUUCUGCCAGCAGUGGCUCUUAAGAGGAAAAGAUUGCACAUUCCUUGUCCUUUUCGGGUAAACUAAAUAAAGAAGUUACCUUCUCAGUCACUCUUCUUGCAUCUUGUAUAUCAUUCUCCACACUCUGUUUAAAGUAUCUGCCAAAGUUGUAAUUAAAUGUGUUGUUAUGGCAACUGGUGACCCUCGUCUGCCUUAAUGUAGGACUAGUAAGUAAAAAGAGGAUGGAAGACAGGCUUGCACGAAAAGAGUGACAAUAGCAGCUUUGUUUUAAGACACACCUCCCCCCUACAGGCAAGUCCGCCCUCCUCUCACUACCGGCUGAUGCAAUCCCAUGGUUCCAUUGCACUGCAGGAGAUAAUCCCCUGCCUAUUUGAAUGGGCACCAUAUGCACCGCCCGUUUUUAACCUUUCCCCCUGUGGACUGCGAGCUGUCAGUGACUCAGGUUUCACCUGAUACCCACAACCUUUCACCCACUAGAGGCUUGAACAGGCUGUCUAUGGCUCCGCAGCACCAGGCAUCUUAGCUGGGAUCUCCUGGUUCCCUCUGUUUCCCUCUCACACACAGUCUCACAAAAACACACACAAUAGCCUCGUAGCACUUGACACACAGUCAGUGGCAAAGUAUGGGAAUCAGCCUCAGGCCCAGGCCAGCAGACAUGCAGACUAGACUCACGUUGUUGUUAAUGAUUUGUUACUUUGACAGAGAUUGACAGCGUGUACAGAAAACUAUGCCACGUGUUUCAUUAUAUUCCAAUGUAAAGUCAGCUGAAUUAAGAGCUGGGAUUGAAUGCAACUUUUUUUUUUUUAUCAAACCAAACUGACGAUUUUGUAGUCACAAGUUAAAUAAAAAUGCUGUGAUUGUUACAUAAUCCACACUCUCAGUAAGAUUAUACUGAAUUUUAUACAACUUUUGUAAAAAUAUUAAUAGACUGAUUCAAUGUGAUCAAGCCAAAGAUUUCAAUGUUUUUUCCAGAUCCGCUCCUCCAUCACCACGCUGUUAUUCAGUGGUCGAGAGUUCAGCUGGACUCGCCACAUGCUGAUCGCCGCUGCAAUCUUGGCCUUCAACAACAUGCU